AUGGCCCCCCUUUCACUCUACUGGGAUUUCUACUCGUCCUACCUCAGGUGCUCCCUCAACCUCGCCCUCGCCCGACUGUACACACCCCAAGCCCCUCCCCAGCGCGAUCUCACCGGCCAGACCGCAAUUGUAACCGGAGCAAACAGCGGCAUAGGACUAUGCAUUGCCGUCCGACUAGCCCGACAAGGCGCCACCGUCUACCUCGCGUGCCGAAACCAAGCAAAGGGCGAUGAAGCCGUUGAGUACAUCAAAUCCCAACUGGGCUCUUCCGGCAAACCCGCCAACAUCUUCUGCUGGACCCUCGACGUAAGCGACAUGGCCAGCGUCCGCACCUUUUGCACCCGCUGGCGCACCCAAGGCACGCCCAUCGACAUACUCGUACACAACGCCGGCAUCCCCGACGUCACCAGCUCCCAAUGCCGCUACAACGAAAAGGGCCUCGAUGUAAUCUACGUCACCAACCUCCUCGGCUCCUUCCUCAUGACUUCCUUGCUUGAACCCCUUCUCAGCCCUACCUCGCGAACCGUCUUCACCAGCAGCAUAAGUUCCUACCUCGCGCGGGACACCGUCCUACUCCCGCGCCCCACGCGGCCAGACCACUCAACCAGCAACGUCCUCAUCCGCGCCUGGCACCGCCUCCGCGCCGCCCUGGGUCUACGUGACAGCGGCGCCCUAGUAUACGGUCAAACAAAAGCGCACCAAAUCCUCCUUUCGUCACUCCUGCAAUCCCACUUUGACGCUUCUUACCCCAACAACAAGAGGACCGUCCACGCCUUCUCGCCGGGCUUCACGCAAAGCCCCAUUUUCACAAAGUUCGACAUGACCUGGCGGACGCUGCUGUAUGAUCCGGCGUUUUCCUUCUUGUACUAUACUGAGACGGUUGUGGCGACGGAGACGGAUGAGGGGGCCAAGACGGGGGCGUGGCUUGCGGCUUGUGGGGGGGAAAGCGGGGUUGAAGGGGGAAAGUACUGGGAGGUGAUGAAGAGCGAGGUUAGUGUGAUUGAGUAUUGGAGGGGGAAGUUGGGGGAGGAGCGGUUCAAGGAGGUUGCGAGGGGGAUUUGGAAGGUGUGGGAGGAGGACAGUGGGUGUGAGUGGGAUAUCAAGUUUUGA